CGCUGAGGUCCUGCUAAGCAUGCGCGACGGCACUGACAGCCGCUGCCGAGGUGGAAGAACCAGACAUGAGAAGUCUCGAAAAGUGGAGAAAGGAUGGGCUGGAUUUGCACCUUUCGUGUCUGGCCGGCCUACUCCGGUCGCCUACGGUGGCCGUCUCGCUCUCCGUACAGCGCACGACGCAAGAUGGCGGGCACGAUCCGCAAUGGCCGCUCCCACCAAUACGCAGCGAAAUCGUCGCGGCGGAGUUAGCCAGCGGUAAUUCUAGUCGGGGCCGGAGUGAGGGUUUGUGGCUUGAUCGCUCACUCCAAAGUGCUACUGAAACUGAGUAAUGGCCCUGGACACGGGCCAGCACACCAGGUGAACGGAAGCGGAAGUGGCGUAUUGAGGAUUGGGUUCCCACGGCGUAAGGUCACAGAUUCGCGGUCGAGGUCCUGUGAGCUUUCUACAGGCUCCUUUCAGAGUCCCGCGUUGUGGGAAUUCCUCGACCUGAGCUGCGGUUUGCGGUGGGUGCUCGUAGGAAGGUGCUUGUUUAAGGCGGUUUGGAGGCUGUCGGAGUCUUCGGCUGGCAUCAGUGUUUAGGACGAGAGACCGUUCCUGCUGACAGUGACAGGUGUGCUUCGGAACGCGCCCCCAGGCCGUAGACAGAGGCUCUGGGGGAGCCACUGACCCAGGGGCCCAUCGGGGUCCGGUCGGUGAGGAAAGGAUUGGGGGUUAGUCGUCUGGGGUUCCUGUGGUCCGAGUUCGAGCAUCCGAGGGGUUCGUGAUCCCUGUGAAAAUAGCUGUCUGGGGGGGGGGGGGGGCUGUGAGUAGAUGCAAGAGCGAAGUGCAGGGUGUGCAGCAGCCUGGCGUCCGUGGGAGAGGUGGGUGGGGUUGGCACGCGAGGAGGCCUCAGGUAGACAGACAUUUGGGUGUGUAUGAAGCAUUGAAGUAUUACGUUUCCCAGCUUUUCAUACUGAAUUUUAAGCAUAAAGAGAACUCGAAAGAAUAGCAAAGUGAUCACGAGUAUACCUGCUAUAGAUAGAUCCAUUGUUAAAAAUUAUGCCAUAAACACUGUGUGCGCGUGUCAGCCAGUGUAUACGUGUUUGCAUGCAAGUGAAAUAUGUUAGUCCUAGCUUUUUAUGUCCGUUCUGCUACUUGUUUGUGUGAUUUGGGGUGAGGUACCAAGUUCUGUCCAUAAUUCGCAUUUUUCCCAUGCAGACAAAUUGGUAUCUACCUCACAGAGGUACUCCUGAGGGCCCUACCUUCAUGACCUCAUCAAACUUAAUUAUCUCCCAAAGGCCCUGUGUGCAAAUACACAACUAAACCUGAGUUUGGGGGCUGUGAAUUUUUUUUAAAAUUUUUAAGUAGGUUCCCCGCCCUAGGUAGGGCUUGAACUCACAACCCGGGACCCUGAGAUCAAGCGUGGCAUGCUCUACUGACUGAGUCGGCCAGGCGCCACCUAGACGACAUAAAUAUUAAGUCCAUAACAGAUGCUGCCUUCCCAGAAUGAGGCACUUCCUAUAAAGGAAAAAAAGCAGAUCUCGAGUCUAGAAAUUCAUCCUUACUGAAGAUACUCUUGACACCGGAGACACCUGAAUGCUGAAAAUGACCAAGUCCCAGGGCUUAUUGUCAUUCAGUGAUGUGGCUGUGGAUUUCACCUGCGAAGAAUGGGAGCUACUAGAUACUGUUCAGAAGAACCUCUACCGGGAUGUGAUGUUGGAAAAUUACAGCAACCUAAUGUCAUUGGGUUAUCACGCUCCCUGGCCAGAAGCAACGGUUCCUGUGGAGAAAGGAGUGCAAGGACUGGUAGAGAGAGGAUUCCCAAGUUCGUGUAGUCCAGAAAGACCCCUUCAGUGUUUCUCAAGAGGAAUACGUUUGAAACAAUAUUCAGAUUCAAAACUUCAGAAUAAAAAUUCUGCAGAAAUGAAUUCCAAUGAAUUAAGUGGCCAUGGGAAAUCAUUUUUCCAUACUCUACAUGAAACCUGCCAUACUUCAGCCCAGUACAGUGAACAUAAUUUCUGUGUGAAGACUUUCAGCACGGUGAAAAAUCUCAAAAGACAUCACAGAAUUCACACAGAAGGAAAACCUUAUGAAUGCAGUGAAUGUCCCAAAUCCUUCAGGUAUAAGUCAAAGCUCAUAAUACACCAGAGAACUCAUACAGGAGAGAAGCCGUACAGAUGCCCUGAAUGUCAGAAAGAUUUCAGUACAAAAUGUCAUCUUACUCUGCACCAGAGAACUCAUACAGGAGAGAAACCGUAUGGAUGUUUUGAGUGUCCAAAGUCUUUCAGAACAAAGUAUCAUCUCAUUUUACACCACAGGACUCACACAGGAGAGAAACCCUAUGAAUGCAAAGAGUGUGGCAAAGCCUACAGAGAGAAGACAAAGCUCAGGUUGCAUUACCGCACACACACAGGAGAGAAACCUUUUGAGUGUAGUGACUGUGGGAAAGGUUUCAUGCAGAAGUCAAACCUACUUAUCCAUCAAAGAACUCAUACAGGAGACAGACCCUAUGCAUGUAAAGAAUGUGAAAAGACCUUCUGCAGCAAGUCUCAGCUUGUUGUUCACCAGCGAACUCACACACGAGAAAAAUCGUACGAAUGCAAGGAAUGUGGGAAAGCUUUCAGUAAAAACUCACAUCUCCUGACACAUCAGAGAAUUCAUAUAGGAGAGAAGCCUUAUGAAUGCAAUGAGUGUGGAAAAGCUUUCGUACACACAUCACAGCUCAUUGUACAUCAGAGAAAUCAUACAGGAAGAAAACCUUAUGAGUGUAAGGAAUGUGGGAAAGCCUUCAAUAAAAAGUCACACUUCAUAACACAUCAGAGAAUCCAUACGGGAGAGAAGCCUUAUGAAUGCAGUGAAUGUGGAAAAGCAUUUAUAGACAACUCCCAGCUUAUCGUUCAUCGAAGAACUCACACAGGAGAGAAACCUUAUGAGUGCAAGGAAUGUGGGAAAGCCUUUAAUAAAAAGUCAUCCCUCAUAACACAUCAGAGAAUUCAUACAGGAGAGAAGCCUUAUGAAUGCAGUGAGUGUGGAAAAGCCUUCAUAGACAAGUCACAUCUCAUUGUCCAUCAGCGAACUCAUACAGGAGAGAACCCUAUGAAUGCAGUGAGUGUGGAAAAGCUUUCAUACGAAAGGCAAUGCUCAUUGUCCAUCACAGAACGCAUACAGGAGAGAAACCCUUUGUAUGUCUCGAAUGCCAGAAAGCCUUUAGCAGUAUGGCAAUGCUCAGUAGACAUCAGUUGAUUCACACAGGAGAGAAACCCCAUGGAUGCAAUGAAUGUGGAAAAGCUUUCCGCCAAAAAAGCCAUCUUAUUAUCCAUCAACGGUGCCAUACUGGAGAGA